GGCUUUACCGCAGCAUAACGUUGUAUGCGCGCUGCAAUGCGCGGGAAAUCGCAGACACACCAUGCGGACCAAGUUGAAGGAAGUCUGCGGGAUAGACUGGUUCGACGGCGCGGUCAUGAACUGCAAAUGGACGGGACCACUGCUAGCUGAUGUGCUAAAGAAAGCUGGAGUCAAAGUCGAGGGAGAUAAGUGGAAAGACGCACAUGUAGCAUUUGCAUGCUACCAGACGGAAACGCAGGAUGACAAGUUCUACGGCGCGUCGAUUCCGCUGGCUCGCGCGAUGGAUCGUGAGAGCUCGAUCAUGCUGGCGCUGGAGAUGAAUGAUAAGCCACUUACGCCGAAUCACGGUGCGCCGGUGCGUGUCGUCACUCCUGGUAUUGCUGGAGCGAGGAGUGUGAAGUGGUUGGAUAAGAUCACUGUGCAGAUGAAGGAGUCGGAGAGCUAUUACCAGCAACACGACUACAAGAUCCUGCCGCCGGAAGCUGACACAAAAGAGAAGGCGGAGGAGUGGUGGGGGAAAGUGCCCGCGAUACAAGAUAUGCCCGUCAACAGUGUGAUCGGGAUGCCAUCUUCAGGCUCAACAGUGAAGCGCGGUGAUGAUGGCACGAUUGAAGUCAGGGGAUAUGCUCUACCGAGCGGCGCGGAUGGACCCAUAGUCAAAGUCGAAGUCAGCGUCGACGGAGGUCAUACCUGGAGUGAUGCCGAGCUCAUUCGAGAUUACAAGGGUGACCACGCCGAGCUGAGGUGGGCGUGGUGUCUGUGGAAAGCGAACGUCAAGGUGGAAAAAGGCAAACACGACAAGAUCUGGAGUCGUGCGACAGACAGGAGUGGUAAUACGCAGGAGCAGACGUGCGAGUGGAACUACCGAGGCGUAGGGUAUAAUGCAUACGGAGAGGUGUGUGAUCUUAAUAUCGUCUAGGAUUUGGCAUGAUAGAUGGAGCGUUGCGUUAUAAUUGCAUCACUAAGCCAGCGAUAAUCGAAUAUCUUCCUAUCAUUCCGUGUCUG